AUGGCCAAGACUCCUCUGCCUUUGGUUUGCCUGGUCCCUGGUGGUGUGCCGGUCUUCCACCCAGUGGGUACUCAAAGCAUUGGACCAACCUCUGGACUAUUCCUGCACAUGCAGUGGCUCCAGGCUUCAGUAUGUAUCCUCGUUAGGUGUUAA